AUGCCUCAACCGCAAACCUCGCGUUUUAAUUCUACCGCUACUCCAGUUCUGCUUUGCCUCCUUCUUGUGCUAUCGCUGUUCCCCAGUGCCUUUCACUUUGUCUGGACUCUGCCGUUCAGUCUCCUUGGACUAACAGGAUCUUCUCAACCCCGCCCAAUAACCCCUCCAACCCUAGAUCACUCAACAACCAUGAGCUGGUUUCAGAAGCAGUUUACUCUGCCGGCCAAGUCCCGGGGAUCCUACCUGAUCACCGAUCAGGUUGUAUCUGCUCUCCCUGAGAUUAAAGACUACAAAGUCGGUCUUUUGAAUAUUUUCGUGCAGCACACGAGUUGUGCCUUGAGUUUGAAUGAGAACUGGGAUUCUGAUGUCCGCGAGGAUAUGAGCGAUGCUCUCGACCGAAUUGCGCCUGCAGAGGGACCAAAGGGAGAGGCCUUGUACCGUCACGACGCCGAGGGACCUGAUGAUAUGCCUGCGCACAUCAAGUCGGCCCUUAUCGGGGCAAGCGUUACAAUUCCCAUCAAGGACGGAAAACUGGCUACGGGAACAUGGCAGGGAAUCUGGUAUCUCGAGUUCCGCGCGGCUCGUCACCAACGCCGAGUCGUGGCAACCAUCCAGGGAGAAAAGGCUUAG